GUAUUUCGUAGUACACCCCCAUAAAGCGCCCCGGUGGUAUCGUCUGCUCCCCGGAAACGCCGGCGACAGUAGAACCUACGGUGUACUAGCAGAAGCAGGUGGAACUGAUUUGUCAGCUCAAGUGUAACCAGGGUGUCCACAGCGAGGAACAGUCCGCUCCGUUUCUCAGUCAUCGGUACAGCAUCAGUAACGCUGGACAAGUUUAAUAUCUUAGAGUUGAAUGGACAAGGCAGCCAGAAGUACACAGCCCAGCUAGUGAAGGCCACUAAAGGUUCAGUGAUGCCUGUGAAGAAAAAGAGAAAGCUCCCUGAUGCAGAUGAUAAUGAGCGCAAGUGUAAAAUCACAAGUUUCACCCGACCUCAGAUCCGAGGUGCGAGGCCCAUCAGCGCUGAGAAGCUGUUCUCCAAUAAGAAGUGCCUGGCCUGGUUCCUGGCGUACGCCGGCCCCGACAAGGUGGUUGGUCCAGAGGCCAUGGAGAAGUUCUGUGAAGACAUCGGCGUGGAACCAGAGAAUAUUAUCAUGUUAGUGAUAGCCUGGCAUCUAGAGGCAGCAAGUAUGGGCUUCUUUACAAAAGAGGAGUGGCUCAGGGGAAUGACGUUAUUACAGUGUGACUGCACGGAGCGGUUACAGAGCAAACUAGAUUACCUGCGCAGUGAGCUCAACGACUCGGUGGUCUUCAAAAACGUCUACAGAUACGCCUUCGACUUCGCUAGAGACAAGGACCAGAGGAGUUUGGACAUGGACACGGCUAAAUCCAUGCUGGCGUUGCUGCUGGAGAGAACAUGGCCACUCUUCCCAGUCUUCCAUCAGUUCCUGGAGCAGUCCAAGUACAAGGGGAUGAACAAGGACCAGUGGUAUAACGUUCUGGAGUUCAGCAGGACCAUCAACACAGACCUCAGUAACUACGAUGAAGACGGAGCUUGGCCAGUGCUGCUAGACGAGUUUGUGGAAUGGCAGAAAGCUUGGUCGGCAUCGUAGCGGAUGACAUCACAAGACCAAAAAAAAAGGAAGAAGAGAGAGAGAGAAAAUAAAAACCACAAAACACUGCAGGAACCUCUGUAUUGUUUGAGGGGGGUGGGGGAAGGAAAAAACCCAACCGUUUCAGAUCUCACUAUGACAGACUUUAAGAAUUCACACACAAAUAUGGACUACAGAAUCAUCCCUACAUGGGAACGGGCCUUUCUCUCUCUGUCGACUUUUUAUAGUGUUAAUUUGGAGAAAAGAAAAUGUUCUUAAGAUAAGACGAACACAAAAAA